AUGCUUGGUUGGGCACUGCUGAUUUAUGCGUUGGCUGCUGUGCUCGUGUUCGGCACGGGGUUCCUCACCAACAGCAUCAACAAUGCCUUGUCGCCGGUCUGUCGCCUACCGUUCACAUCGCACCUAUCAUUCUGUCCUUCAAAGAGUGCGGGAGAAGUCCAUGGCACGGCAGAAUUCGACAAGCUCGUGCAGGCGCAGGAUGCUUUCCAGGAUGUUCUGGCCAGCACAUCAAUUGGCGCAACCCUCCCGCUGGAUAUGAAGCGAAGUGAAGCAAGCAUUCGAGACCUAAAGCAUGUGGUAGAGUACUCGAGCCUCCCAUCCAAGAACGAGCUGGUAUUCGAGUUCGGAGGCUUCAUCGACACCGCACGUCAAGCAUCGCAAGAUCUCAGCCGCUUCAACUCCCGCAUCGGACGAGCUGUCGACCACAUUCUCUCCACAAAUCGCUGGACUCUCAGCGUCAUUGACGGCGUCUCGGAAACCGAAGCGUCUCGCGGCGCGAUCUCGAAAUGGAUGGGCAAGAACCUCAACAUCUUCUCUCCAUUCCAACCGGUCAGUCUCUCGCGCGAUGUUCUCCUCGAUCAGUAUCUCCGCCACACCAGCGCGGUGGAAGAGCAGAUUCUCAACCUCAUCGCAGAAGCCUACGCGCUGCGCGACAUCCUUGAGAACCUCGACGGCCGUCUCGAUGUCAUAGCAGGUAUCGCAACGCGCGAUGGGAUCAAGACUGAAAUGAACAAAGACGAGCUAUUCGCGACUCUAUGGACCAAGCUAGGUGGCAACCGAUCUUCCGUCUCGAAGAUCAACCAGCAGUUGGAGCUCCUGAAAAAUGUCAGCGCAUACCGGAGACAGGCUUGGGGACAUGUCACGGCCACACUGCUCAAGCUUCAGGAGAUCCAGGCGAGCUUGGAAGAUCUGAGGGAACGGGUCGCGAUGCCCGAGACCGUGGGUACGGCCAAGGUGCCGUUGGAUGUGCAUAUCGAGAACAUCAACCGUGGAAUUGAGCGGUUGGAGAAUCAGAGGGACAGCUCGAGGAAGUUGGAGGCGGAGAACUAUGCUAGGAUCGUUGGAAAGGCGGAAGCGAACGAAAAGAAGUCACUUGGUGGCAAGGAGCUAUGA